AUGGGUGAAUGCAAAUCCACAUUUCAAAUCCCUCUGGCGCCGCCGCUUGUCGACCACAUCUGUCUUCGCAAUGUUCAACUCCCUUUACCCUGCGCCCCAGAGGCAUGGCAUCGGCCAUGUCUGCCGCAACCAUGCACCAUGUCUCUCAGGCUAUCAUGUUGCUCUAUCAUGGCAUCGGCAGCAGAUGAUGAUGUAUCCCAGUCUCUAGACUAUGGGAAGCUCUAUCGCCGCAUCGAAGAGCUUGUUCGCCACUGGCCCAUUGUACAUGCUGGCUAUCCGAGUCCCAUCCUACAAUGGUGCAGGGCGCUUCCAUCGGUCGAUCCUGGACAGGAUAUAGCCUCCCUGGCUGGGAGAAUUGCUAGCUUAGCGUUAGGGUACCUCAAGGAAACAGCCAGGGAGAUACACGCCAACAGGCCGGGCGCUAUUCAGCAAGAGUUCGGACAAUGUGAGGUGGACCUGCAUCUUCCGAAGGCUCUACUCCGAGCUGAACAAGGUCUAUGGUACCGCUGCCAUGCCUCGUUGGGGCGAAGUCCGGAAGGAGCUGAGGCUGCCGUCGUGACUGGAGAGGAGUUUCGGAUUCGGAAUAUUCGCUGCCACUGUCUCAUUGGCAUCAACCCGCACGAACGACUUGAGAAGCAGGUGGUUGUGGUAUCAUUGAAGUUUCAAAGUCCUGGGGCGCAUUUUCUAGACAUGUAUCAGGAGAUGACGAGAGUCGUGGCCGAGGAAGUCGAUCAAACAGCCUUUCAGUCGGUGGAAGCUUUAGUCACGUUCGUUGCUCGCAUUGUGACGGUGCGCUUUGGAAACGAUGUGGUCACGGUGCGGGUCGAGAAACCCAAUGCUUUAGCAUUCGCAGAGGGAACCGGCGUGGAGGUGACUCGCUCUCGAAGUUUCUUUACAGAGGAAGUCUAG